UGAGGUCUAAAGUUUUCUGCGAUUCAAAUUCAUGUUUGCUACCUUAAAAAACCCAAACUGACCUACAUUUCUUGGUUGUUCUUCACUCCAUCACCAUAAACCAAUGGCCACAACCAUCCUUGAAAUCUCAACUACUGUGUACACAUACACAGAUCCCCCUACAGCGCAUGAAGGAUGUGCAUUUUCAGUCAAGUUCAAUCCUAGCAAUAGCUUCUGCCCAGCAAUUCGUGUAUGGAAUGCAAGGAGAGAGACAAAGAAAAAGAGGCAUUUGAAGGGAGGGAAAUUUCAAUUGAAAUGCAGAUUACAUAUAAAUAAUUCAUGAGUAUGUUCCUCGAACCUUCACCCUUCUGGUCAAAUUCCUCGAACCCCGUCCAUCAUGUGCAAUCUUAUAUAAGGCACUGUUAACCUACACUGCCCUAUUAUCAAAAUUUCCAAAACAGAUUAAGUUUUUAAAUGGAGUCAAAAAGACAAUCUCAGCAGGAGGGUGAUGAAAGGGGUGUUCAAAUUCUUGUUCACGGCUCAAAACGGAGACGUGAAGAUUCACAACAAUCGGACACCUUCCGUAUCGUUAGAAGUUUAAGGUCUCUGGUUCACUUAAAGAAUGACAUAGUGCCGUGCUUGGAAAAUUUAGUUCAAAGAUUGGUACGAGAGGAGUUGGAAUGCCAACUUACAAGAACAAUUAAUAAUCAGAUUGGAAUAUCGGGAACCAAACCCUAUCACCUGGUUUUUAAGAAUGAAUUGCCUGCUACAAUUUAUACUAACUCCAAGAUCCAAGCUAAAGGCAACACUCCUCUCGAGGUUGCUCUUUUUGAUAUUGAAUCUCAGUCUACAGUCACUGAGGGUUCACUGUCUUCGAUCAAGAUAGAGAUAUGUGUCCUUAAUGGUGAGUUCGGUUCAAAUGGCCUUGAAGAUUGGAGUUCAGAUCAAUUUAACUCCAAAAUCUUACCUCCAAGAGACAAUAAAGGGCAGUUACUGAAAGGAGAUACGAUUAUUACACUUGAAAAUGGAGUUGGUUAUAUCACCAACCCUGAGAUCACUGACAACUCAAGCUGGAUAAGAACCCGACGCUUCAGGUUAGGAGCCAAGGUUGCACAAUCAAAUCUGAAAGAUGCAAUUAACAUCAGGGAAGGUAUAAGCAAACCUUUUAUCGUCAAGGAUGCCAGAGGAGAGAAGAAACACGACACUCCAUCCCUCAAUGAUGAAACAUGGCGUUUGAAACACAUAUCAAAAAGUGGUGAAGUUUGUCAGCGGCUGUCUAAGCACGGGAUAAACACUGUUGAGGAUCUGUUGAAGGAGCAUGAAACCAAUCCAUCAUCUUUGCCAGAGAAAUUUGGCAAGAUUUCAAAAAAGAAACUGGAACAAAUUAUUAAGCAUGCUCAGAAAGCAAAGCAUGACAAGACUUGUGUUGCUGAAGCCACAUUUGAAGGACAAAAUUAUCAUUCAGGGAAGAAUAUUCUCAUCUCCGACGAGAGGGAGCAUUACAAAAAUUUGAAGGAUCCGGUACCAAUUGAGACAGUAACACAUGAGUUAGUGAAAGCAUUGACACCAGUUACAGCACAAUACAGUGCUCCAUAUCAAGAUGUGCAACAGCUUGACUUUCCAAUUGAAAUUUCUAGACUAAUGGACUCACUAAACUGGUCAGUAGAGGGGCAGUUUGUUGAUGGAAACAUAUGGCCUGUUGCAAUUGAUGAUCAAAAUUUAAGUUGCUCUAUGAUUCCACCUGAAGCAGAAUGUAGCAAUCGUUCCUCUUUUCCCAACUCUGCGAUGUAUAAAUCAGACAAAGGGAAAAGCAAGAUGGUUUGACGUAAGAUUCUAAUAGAUCACACUCACUGCAUGCAGCUUUAUCGCCGUCACUAUUGACUUCAACUCUCUCAAUUAUUUUGUGUUUUUAAUUUCAACGCAAUCAAGAGACUCUGCAAGGAUGAAGGCCGCUAUAUGUAAUUUAUUACAAGUAUGUAAUUUCUAAAUAUUUCAUAUCUAUUUGUUAAUUCUUUCCUGUAGCAUUGUAUUGAAAAAAGUGAAGCUGGAAUUUAACGGUUCCACGCUAACCUAUUGCAUUUUAUCAAUGUUACCGUUUAUAAGAGUAUUCGUUAUCAUUUUUUUCAGUGAA